GUAUGUGUUACUUUUGUGUGUGUGCAUGAGACGGCAUCAUUAUUUAUAUUGGAGAAAAGUAAAGUCAUUUAGUUUGAAAAUUAAGUAGUUAAAUAUUUGAAAUAUUUAAAAAUGUCAUCACGCUACGAUAGAGCGAUUACUGUCUUUUCUCCAGAUGGCCAUUUACUUCAAGUAGAAUACGCUCAGGAAGCAGUACGAAAAGGUUCUACCGCUGUUGGAGUUCGAGGGAAGGAUGUCGUUGUUCUUGGAGUUGAAAAAAAAUCUGUCGCCAAAUUACAAGAAGAACGCACCGUCCGUAAAAUAUGCCUUUUGGAUGAUCACGCAGUUAUGGCUUUUGCAGGUUUGACUGCUGAUGCAAGAGUACUUAUAAACAGAGCUCAAAUAGAAUGCCAAAGUCACAAAUUAACUGUUGAAGAUCCAGCUACAUUAGAAUAUAUUACGAGGUAUAUCGCAGGUUUAAAGCAGAGAUAUACUCAAAGUAAUGGAAGAAGACCGUUUGGAAUUUCCUGUUUAUUGGCUGGCUUUGAUUAUGAUGGAGUUCCUCAUUUAUAUCAAACAGAACCCUCUGGCAUUUAUUACGAAUGGAAGGCAAAUGCCACUGGACGCAGCGCUAAAACUGUUCGUGAAUUUUUGGAAAAAUAUUAUACAUCUGACGAAGUUGCAACUGAGAAAGGUACCAUUAAAUUAGCCAUUAGAGCUCUGCUGGAAGUUGUUCAGUCUGGUCAAAAGAAUCUAGAAAUUGCAGUUAUGCGCAGAGGUCAACCUUUACAGAUGCUAGAUGCUGACACAAUUGGAGAUUACGUCACUGAAAUUGAAAAAGAAAAAGAAAUUGAAGCAGAAAAGAAAAAACAGAAAAAAUGAACAUUUUUAUUUUUAUAAUGCAAUUAUUCAUAUUGUUAAUUUCUUAUAAUAAAUGAUAAAUUUUGAUUGAAGAAAAUUAAUAAAUUAACUUUUUUGCAACUUUGUAUACCAACAGUCAA